UUAUGGCUCUCCUGUGUAACACAUGUUCUUCAUUAUAACAAUAUUGUCAAUUAUGCUGUGAUGCAUGUGAGGCAUCGCAUUUCUGCUUGAUUCUUUUUGGUGGAAAGAAUGAUUGUUCUAUGUGAAAAGUGUAAGGCCACGUGUAGUUUUACACUUCCAUUAAUUGAGCAUAAUAGUACUUUUCUUCAGUGGAUGACAUUUUGCUGCAGGAUCCAGGAUCUUCAUUCUCCAUUAUGUGUUCUAAAAUUUCACACACAAGAAGUUAAAUGUGUGCAAAUAUUGUAAAUGUAAACAAGAAUGUUUACAAUAGGAUUUUUUCCUGCUUGUUGAAUAGACCUAAGUGGCUUUUCCUAUACAUAAAGAGGACUUAAAUUGUUGGUUUUUCACAUUGAAGUCUUAAUUGUUCAUUUAUGAUAACAGGAGUGGAGUUAUAAACAUACUGAUUGAGGUAGUGAUGAUGCCUGACAGAAACAAAGUCCUGAUAUAGAUAUGGAAGUGUUUGCACAAGUCCAUAUAAACCCAGUGAGAACAUUGAGUUGAUCAUCCCCAUAACCUUUCACCCAGAACCAGUUUUGCAUUAAAACAAAAGUGGAUCCAGUAGCGUACAGAGAUCUCAAGGACACUGGCAUAGAACAUGCACUGGGCCUGAUUUGGCGGUUAUUUCAAAUGGUUGUUAUGGAAACAGGUUAUGGAUAUCCUACUACUGGUCCCCCAAAUGGCAUUGCCAGUGGGGAACCGGACUUGCUGGAGAGUGGGCAUCAGAAAUAUAACACGGAACCAGAGAGGAGGUCACAGGAAUCGUUUGCAGAAUUUGUUGCAAAAAGCAACCCUCCAGUCAGCAAAAGCAGUUUGGUUUCACGGCGUGCUGACAGACACUAUUCAAAACGUAUGAGAAGACGUUUAGUUUAUAAAAAUGGUGAAGUAAACAUUACACAAGCAAAUAUUCGAAAACGGAGGAGACGAUACCUCGCAGACAUUUUUACCACAUUAGUUGAUAUUCAGUGGAGAUACAAUUUGUUAGUUUUUACGUUAGCAUUUAUAUUCAGCUGGCUUAUUUUUGCACUAAUAUGGUGGCUCAUUUGUUUUUCACACGGAGAUUUAGACGAGGAAAAUCUAGCAAAUGAGCAAUGGAAACCGUGUGUUGAGGAAAUAAAGUCUUUCACUUCUGCAAUUUUAUUUUCCAUAGAAACACAGCAUACGAUAGGCUAUGGUUCUAGACAUACUACUGAACAGUGUACAGAAGCAAUUAUUUUAAUGAUGAUACAAUCGUGUUUUGGCGUGAUAUGUCAAGCCAUGAUGACGGGAAUAGUUUUUGCAAAGCUUUCACGGCCAAAAAAGCGUGCUGAGACACUAAUGUUUAGCAAGAAUGCUUGUAUAUGCAAACAAGAUGGGGAAAUGUGCUUAUUGUUUCGUGUUGGUGACAUGAGAAAAUCACAUAUCGUAGAAGCUCAUAUACGAGGUGUAGUGAUUAAGAAAAAAAUAACGAAAGAAGGGGAAAUUUUACCAUUAUAUCAGUUUGAUGUAGACUUGGGUUUUAAUGAAGGUCAAGAUAGAUUAUUUUUAGUCUGGCCUGUGAUAAUUGUUCAUAAAAUUACUGAAGACUCGCCAUUUUGGGAAAUGUCCCCAGAAGAUUUGCACAAAGAACAGUUUGAAUUUAUCGUCAUUCUGGAGGGUAUUGUGGAGUCAACGGGUAUGACAACUCAGGCACGAAGCUCAUACCUUCCGGGUGAGAUUCUCUGGGGUCACAGGUUUGAGCGCCUCGUGACAUUCCAGAAAGAAAACGGACAAUACCAGAUAGACUAUUCCCGCUUCAAUAAUACCAUUCCAGUAGAUACCCCUCAGUGUAGUGCUCGGGAAUUGUCGGACAUGUGCGGCAAUAUCACAGAUAUUGAUCGCGACUCAAACAAUGAAAAUGACUCCAUACACAAUUCAGCAAAACCUUUUACGAACUCGUACAUGUACAAACGGAAUAAUAUUGCACAGACCGAGUUUGAGUAUGACAAUGACUUCGAUUCCCUAGAUAGUAAUUACUUGCCAAACAAUGAAGACUCCGAGACACUGCUAUGACAAUUAUCGAAUGAGAGUAUUCAACGAAGGAAAGAGACAUAACCCAGGCUGGAAUAUUUUUGCAAAGUGGAGGUGUGUUACUGCCCCUGGAUCUCCAGCUGACGGCAAUAAUUCAAGUUAGCUCUACAUAUCAUACAGAAAUGUUCCUUGUUUUUGCAUAUUGUUCCAAUUUGUAAACAGUCACAAUAUUAUUUUUAUUCAUUGCAUAUUGCUGUGUAAAAGGUAUGCUCAUUGUCAGUUUAUUUCUUAAGAAUAAUUUAUGUGAGAAAAAGUUUUAUAUUUUCAAGUAUAUCAUUUCUGUAAGCUUUUUUCUUAAAAAUAGAUGUACAAAAAUAAUAAGGGUGCUAUUUUACUUCAAAAGGAUGUAUUAAGUAUUUUGAAACAUGACAUCUGUACCCUAAUUGUUACAAGCUACACUAUUGUUGGGAGUGGGUGCCAGUACAUUUACUCUUGUCUGUCUGGAUGUCUGUCCGUUGUUACUCAGCAUGUGAAGUUAUGCACCUGGUAUUUUGUUAAGACCAGAGUUAUGGCCCUUGACUUAGUGAAAAAUUUACAUAAAGGGCUUUAAAGUUUGUGUGCUUUGUAUCUCAAAAAGUAUUUACCUAGAGUCAUGAAACAUCAUAGGAUUGUUAUUCAGCACAUGAAGUUGUGCACUUCAAGAUUUGUUUGGGAUGUCACUCAGAAAAAAAAAACAAGAAAGAAAGGUACUUGACUUGUAGUAAAGAAACUUUAUAGCAAUGGUGUUAAGCAAGUGAAGUUAUACCUUUUUGUUGUAUCCAUACCCCCUAAUGACUCACACCCCUACCCAAGGUAGUUCAAAAGUUUAUUUAAUCUUGCAUUGUCAACAGUAGUGUGACAGGAAAGGGGGAAUCUGGGUCUUAUCUUUUAAUAUACAAUUUUUAUCUGUUUAAAUGCAUAUAGGGCAGAUGUAAAAGUAUUGUUUAUUUUUAAUAGGGAAAAAAAAUGUUACAUUUUUCCUAUUAUAAGAAUAUUACUUUUCAGACAGCAAAAGUGUCUUUCAACAUUUUGAUAAAAUCUUUAAGAUCCAUUGGAAGCAUAGAACGCAACCAAGCAGAAUAAUAGCAGACGCAGUUUGCCCGAGUCUAUGCAUGAGAAGAAAUGAAAUGUGCAACACACAGCAGCACUAGCUCAAGUGGAACUCCGAUACAGUGUAAUUGAAUGUAAUAUUGUGAUUCCAAUGGGCCAGAAAAUAUAACAACAUCAAGUCUAAGUAAGCCAUUAUGCCACUAUGGAUAUAGCACUAUGCCACUAUUUAGCCAGUAUAGAUCAAUUUAGAGUGAUUCAGUUGUUCAGAAAAUGGCAUAAACAAGUCAGUUUAAAAAGAAAGAGAUAUAUAACAUUAAAUCGAAAUAUUUUCCAGGGUUCUGGGUAUGUAGAUGGCACAUAUACUUUGCUAUACAUGCAACUAAUAGCAUUAUUAGUAGACAUAUAAUAUAUAAACUUCUAUGUACCUCAGUAUUUUCUGUUGGUACGAGCCAAGAGUUUUUGCCAAAAUUGUUGAUGAAUUGCGUACAUUACUUUAUGCAUGUCUUUCAGAAGUUGUUGAUUUGAAAAGAUAUUUUACAUUUAUACAUGAAUCCCUUUUGUGAAUUACGAAGCAUAACAUUUUGAAGUUGAGGAUAUAAGUUUAAGUUUACAUGUUACAAGUAUGUGCAUAUUGAUGUUCUACAUUGGUUACGUUAAUAAUUCAAAUAAACACCCCUGAUACUCUUUCAAUAAACAAAUACGUUAUUAAAAUAUAACAUGGAAAAAUUUCUUAAAGGAACAGUAAUUUUUGUACAUUGUAUUAAAAUACUACAUAGAAUUUGUGGAGGACUAAUUAUGUCUCCCCAUGAGGAGAAUAAUAUUGAUGUCAGUCUGCCUUUCCAUCUGUCUGUCAGUCACAAAAAUUGGUCCCGACUACUCCUUUUAAACUUCUGGUAGAAUUUCUACCAAACUUACAGAAAUAUGCAGUACUAAGGCUAGUUUAGCAUUGGAGCAUUUACUGGUUGAAUAAUUUUUGUUUGAGUUCUGGCCCCUUAAAGGGACUAGUCCACACAUUUUAGGCGAAAAAUAUUUCAUCUAAAAAUCCAUAAAAAGUGAGUACCCUGAAGACUAGUGGUUCAAACUUAUUUAUGUAUUAUUUUUGCUAAGAUAAGCUUAUAAAUAACCAACAAUAUUGUGCACAAGGUGUUAAAUUGUCGCAGCACAUUUAAAAUAAUGCUUAAGAUUAACAUUUUACUUGCAUUUUAACAAAGAGCUAUAAAAAUAAAUAGAUUGGCAACUUGAAAGGCAUACAGAGCAAAUCUCGCCAACCUCCCGUGACAAAAAAACGAGAUUUCGUUUACCGGAAGUGGCGCUUUCUCCAUGCGCCAUUUUGUAUGCGAAAGCAAUUAUGCAUCAGUAAAAUAAUUAUCACCGUAUGACCACGCUUCUUUCGAUGGCAAAAAAAAAUGUGUACUUCGUGUCUUAAGACCAUUUCAAAUUAAACUAAUUUUGUUUUAGAAACUAAAAUGUAUUUUAAAUGUAGUUUUAAAGGUACAAAUUGUAACUCCAUGCUCGCCGAUGUUUGUUUUUAGUAAGAUAACGCCGAAUCACGCUCUGACACGAGCUCACGCGAGAUUACAGCCAGUUGCCAUUCUGUGUAUUUUAUACUUCUUUGAUUUUAACAAAUGUUUAACUCUUAUUUUCACCCACAUCAUUUUUCAGUAUCAUUUAUACAUCUAUGCCAAACUUGGUGGAAAGGAAUAUGUUGAAAAAUUUCACCUAAUAUAUUGUGGGUGAGUAGACUAUGCCCAGAUACUGCAUAUCCAUUCAUCCGUUUAAAUGAUACAGUAUGGGGAGACAUGUGCCUCUUACAACAGCAAUUUCUGGUUUCUAUUGAUUUUUGGGUGGCAAUUCAGUCUAUAAAAUGAAAUCCCAACUACUAUAAUUAAUUUUCCAUUUAUUUUAUCUUUUAAUUUUGAAGUCCGUAAAUUCAGGUUACUACAGCAUAGCCAUUCAGUUACAAGAUCACCCAUACAAUCUGUUAUACACUUGACCAAAAUUAAAAUCGUCCCAACAUCAUUCUUGUUCCACAGCCUUUUUAAUACCUUUCAGUUGUUAGGUCUAAAUUAUAUGUAGAGAAAGAGAUAUCCAAGAAGAAUUUGAAGUUGACUGACCUGUUACAUUGUUAAGAAACAUUGUCUAACCUAGUGCAAAAUAUAGAAGUUAAAACCAAAAUUAUCAAGAAUUAAAAUUAGAAUGUGUAUCAAUAUCAUAACUACAUGUUAACUAAAACUGAUCUGAAGAGGAGUUUGUGCUGACUUUUGGACUGAAGACGUUUAUUUGAAUAGAUAUUUUAAAGUUGUGUGUACAACUUGAUACUUGUUUCAAGGAAGUAGAAAAUUGAUCCUAAGGUUAUUUUUAAGUGUAGCUAUUUAUUAGUUAGAAUAUCGAGGGGUGAAUGCGAAAGAGUUCUAAGUGCAUAUAAAUAAAGAAGCACUUAGAACUCUUUCGCAUUCACCCCUCGAUAUGUAGUAAUGUCUUGCACAAUUAUUACCGUAUAAGAGAUUUUUACACGACUUCUUGUAAAUAUUGCUGGUCCAUAGUCUUUGCUAUUGACUGAUCUGUAGUCAAAACUGUAAAUUUUGUUGAGCUAAAGUCAGAACUUGAAGAAAUAAUAUGAAAAUUAAUUUAUGCUGCACUAACUGAAUGGCUUGCAGGUCAAUAGUCAGAACUACAGGCCAUCGGACCUCGGGCAAUAGAUUUGACUAUUGACUGCUAGGAAAUUCAAUAAAUGUAUAAUCAGAAGGGUACUUUCAAGUGUCAACCACUUUUAAAACAGAGUUUCGAUACCAGUCUCAAAUUCCAGCAUCUGACUGGUUAUUUCUGACCACAGUCUCGAAACUGACCGCUUUUAUUAUCUGAUAUUGAUGUGUUGUUUAUGUCUUCCAGUCCCUUUGUGUUUGUAAUGAAAUAUUUGAAUGAAGUGUGCAGUUAUUAUGAAUUUAAGGGAUAUACAAAGUGAUAUUGAACCAAAAAGUGCUAGACAGUUUCUUUUCCUAAAACAAGGGUCUGUUUUUCCAUGUUUUUAAGUUUUUGUUUUAUUUUGAUAGAUAUAACGUGUAUGAUUUAAACAUCGUUCACUAUGCUUUAUUAUUUGCUGAAGUAAUAAAAGGGAAAAAACGUUACCGUUGACAUUAUGACUAAAUAUGAAGUAUUUAUUUAUCAUGAAGAAAUAGUUCAUCUUGAAAAUAGUCACAGAAGUCUAAUGUUAGUAAAAUGAUCAAUAUAUAGGAUCAGAUUGAAGUUAAUAUUAAAGAGUUAGAUCAAUUUCAAUAAACUGAUGAUGUUUUUCAAUAUAAUGCUAUUUAAGGAAUUUCCCUCCGUGGCAAAAUUGAACAGAAUAAUUCCCAGUGGUUUUGUAACAGUUUACAUUCUAUAAAUAUUAUUUUGAAUCUUUUUUUUAUGUCAAAGUUUCAGUAAAGCUUUUGAUAUUGAGAUUCCUUUCAUAUCCCAAUAUAGUGUUUUAUUUUAUGCUUUUCAGUGAAAUGAAAUAGGUAUUUUCACUGCUUUAAACAGUGAAAAUAUCAUUAUUUUUCACUGGUAUGGAACUACACUUGAGUGCAAAUGAAUAUGAAUUAUACAUAAUCAUAAAUUCAUUGCAAAAUAUACUUCAGUAAAGAUAUAGAUGUAUACACAUAAAUACUUACAGGAUCAUAAAAUAUACGUUCCAUCAUAAUAAAACGGAAACAUCGUAGAACUAUUUGACAGUUUUUCUACAUAGAUAUCUUGACGUCAUAAAAUUACGACGUCAUGAUGCAAUGCAUGUGAUGCUGCGCGGGUAAAAUGGAUAUAACUUGUUUAAAACUAUAGAAAAUACAUAAAAUAAAAAGAAAAUUUGUUUGUUUCAAUGCAAGAUUGAAAUAUAUAUUUACAAAUAUUUAAUUAUAGUCAGUUCACUAGGUGAAAUAUAUCUCGAUCUUACAUUGAAACAAAUAGUUUGCGUGAUAGUCACAUGUUUUCCAGAAGCAUCUAUGUGGACUGCAUAUCAUGCAUUUCUUGUUUAGCUUAAAUAUUGAUUUCAGAUACAAGGAGAAACAGAUGACUGUGCAGAAAACUGUCUUAAUGUACUCAUUAAUUUCCUUUGCAACUGCAAAAUGUUUUCUUUGCAUUCAUACAAAGAAGUAUAAAAUACUUUUAUUUUUAUAGUUCUUUGAUUCAUAGUAUAGAUCUAAGUGAAAACUGUAAUAUUUGUUGAAAACAAUAACGGCCAAAAUUUUAAUAAUGAAAAAGGUCAACAAGAGAAAGUAGUGUUUUCUUUAAAGCUCUUGAAUGGAAGUAUUUGCAUUUGUAUUGGGCUAUACGAUAUUACUAUUUAAAGGUGCAGCCAAACAAGACGGGCACCUGUCUACAUAGUUACUUCGACCAUGAAAAUAGCUUCACUAUAAAUAUACACGAAGAGCAUAUGAAUGUUACAAAUUCAGCAUACGUCAGUAAAAGUCAGCAAAUAUUAAAGUCAAAACAUGUUUGAUAUAUAAGAAUAGGUUUGGAUCUUUUUAAAAAAUUCAUUACAUCUAUCUCUUUUUGCAAAAUAUAUACAGACUUUUAUUGAAGAAACAAUAAAAUUUAAUGCAAUAAAAGUUUUAUGUCAACAUAGGAAAUGUUGAAGGAGAUGUUUGUAUUGUUUGAAGUGGCUAUUUAUUAAUGUCAUAUAUAUACAGUGACAUGUGCAUUUUAGUUGAUAUUACAUAGCUGUAGAUUUGGUAGCUUUUUGAGCUAUCGGAUAUUUUUUUUCAGGAGUCCUUUUUUGCAUUGUUUAGAAUUUGUUAGUUAUAACUGAUACGGGACAUACUGGAAAUACUUGUCAGUACAGCUUAUUUAGAUUUGUAUGCAACACAAUAACAGAAAUAAAAUUAGAGCAGAUAUUGCCAAGCCUAUAGAAUAUUUCAAAUUAGUUUUACUUUGCAUCCUGGUUCCCAAACCUAUCACUUUCAGCUUAUGUCAUGACAUUUAAUUGUGUAUUUGUUACCAGAGAAUAUUCAGAUGUUUUGUUUGUCUUGCAAGAGGGACAAUGUCUAUGUUCUCUUUACAUUUACUGUUAUUUAUGCAUUUUACCUUUUGCCACUGUCUCAUUGGCAACGUGUGUCAUAUUUUACUCUUUUUGCGUUACCUGAUAUUUAUAUAUGUAACUGAAUCUCAUACCACUGUUAAUAUCAUAUUUUUGAAAUAAAUUUAAUAAAAAGA